AUGGAUACAAAAUUAGCUACCGAAAAAAAUGAAGGAGGGCCGUCAACUUCAGGUACUUUCAAGACUGAAGCUGGCAGUACCACCGAAAUGGAGGAACCCCAAUAUUUCCAGUGUUUUAGUUGUUCCUUUAGAACACCCUACGAGUAUUUCGGCCGAAACCCGUCUUGUUUUAAGAAUUAUCUGUUAUUAGAAGAUAGUUAUACUAUAGAAGAUCCAUUUUCACCACCUAAACAAGGGAAAAUCAUUAUAUUGGGUGCUCACUGUAUCAAAUGUAGAAAAGCAGUUUGUAAAGAUAAUAAAUGCAGUUUUUAUUUCGAGGGGACAUUGUGCCUUAAAUGCGCUAAACAAGAUAUUAAAAAUUUUCCAAUUAGUGUUCGAGAAAAGUUGAAUAAAAUCAUUUAA